CUAAAUUUCCUGCUUGUACUGGAAGUGGAUGUUCAAUUAAAGCUGGUGACCAGUAUACCAAAACGGUGGAAAUUCAAGCACCAGGCAGUAUACCUCAAUUGUCCUUUAUGAUUAUCUAUAUUGGUAAUUCGAAUACUAAUUUUAUAGGCUGUGCAUAUGCCAAACUUUAA